UGAGGGGCGGGGCGCGAGGACAGCGACAGCCCGCGCACUGGGCAGGAGUUGCCGCUGCUAUAGCCGUCCGCGUCUUCAAGGUCUCAGCGCUUCCUCACCGGAGACCGGACUCGGCCGCCAUGUCCGCCACGGAGGAGGUUGAUGGACUGGGUGUGGUCCGGCCGCACUAUGGCUCUGUCCUGGAUAAUGAGAGGCUCACCGCAGAGGAGAUGGAUGAAAGGAGGCGGCAGAACGUGGCCUACGAGUACCUCUGUCAUCUGGAAGAAGCAAAGAGGUGGAUGGAAGCAUGCCUAGGGGAGGACCUGCCACCCACGACGGAGCUGGAGGAGGGGCUUAGGAAUGGAGUCUACCUUGCCAAACUGGGGAACUUCUUCUCUCCCAAAGUGGUGUCCCUGAAAAAAAUCUAUGAUCGAGAGCAAACCAGAUACAAGGCCACUGGCCUACACUUCAGACAUACGGACAAUGUGAUCCAGUGGCUGAACGCCAUGGAUGAGAUUGGAUUGCCCAAGAUUUUUUACCCAGAAACCACAGAUAUCUAUGAUCGGAAGAACAUGCCGAGAUGUAUCUACUGUAUCCAUGCUCUCAGUUUGUACCUGUUCAAACUGGGCCUGGCUCCUCAGAUUCAAGACCUGUACGGAAAGGUUGACUUCACAGAAGAGGAAAUCAACAACAUGAAGAGUGAACUGGAGAAGUAUGGGAUCCAGAUGCCUGCCUUCAGCAAGAUCGGGGGCAUCCUGGCCAACGAGCUCUCGGUGGAUGAAGCUGCACUACAUGCUGCCGUCAUUGCCAUUAAUGAAGCUAUUGACCGGAGAGUUCCAGCCGACACGUUUACAGCUCUGAAAAAUCCCAAUGCCAUGCUUGUCAAUCUUGAAGAACCCCUGGCUUCCACUUACCAGGAUGUUCUUUACCAGGCCAAGCAGGACAAGAUGACAAACGCCAAAAACAGGACAGAAAACUCUGACAGAGAAAGGGACGUUUAUGAGGAGCUGCUCACACAAGCUGAAAUUCAAGGGAAUGUGAACAAAGUCAACACAUUCUCUGCCCUGGCCAGCAUCAACCUGGCGUUAGAGCAGGGCUGUGCGCAGACCCUGCUCAAGGCUCUGCAGUCACCGGCUCUGGGCCUUCGAGGCCUGCAGACCCAGAACAGCGACUGGUACCUGAAGCAGCUCCAGAGUGACCAGCAGCAAAAGAGACAGAGUGGCCAGACUGACCCCCUGCAGAAGGAGGAGGUACAGGCGGGAGUGGACGCUGCCAACAGCGCUGCCCAGCAAUACCAAAGAAGGCUGGCAGCAGUCGCAGCAAUCAAUGCUGCCAUCCAGAAGGGCGUCGCCGAGAAGACCGUUUUGGAGCUAAUGAAUCCUGAAGCCCAGCUGCCGCAGGUGUAUCCGUUUGCAGCCGAUCUUUAUCAGAAGGAGUUGGCUACUCUGCAGCAACAGAGUCCUGAGCAUAGCCUCACCCAUCCUGAACUCACUGUCGCCGUGGAGAUGCUGUCCUCCGUGGCCCUCAUCAACAGGGCUCUAGAGUCAGGAGACAUGAGCACAGUGUGGAAACAGCUGAGCAGCGCAGUCACGGGCCUCACCAAUAUCGAGGAAGAAAACUGUCAAAGGUAUCUCGAUGAGUUGAUGAAGCUGAAAGCUCAAGCACAUGCGGAGAAUAAUGACUUCAUCACGUGGAAUGACAUCCAAGCUUGUGUGGACCAUGUGAACCUGGUGGUCCACGAGGAGCAUGAGCGGAUUUUGGCCAUCGGGUUAAUUAACGAAGCCCUGGAUGAAGGGGAUGCGCAGAAGACUCUGCAGGCCUUGCAGAUCCCUGCGGCUAAACUCGAGGGGGUCCUUGCAGAAGUGGCACAGCAUUAUCAAGACAUGCUGAUCAGAGCAAAGAGAGAAAAGGCCCAGGAAACCCAGGAUGAGUCUGCUGUGUUAUGGUUGGAUGAAAUUCAAGGUGGAAUCUGGCAGUCCAACAAAGACACCCAAGAAGCUCAGAAGUUUGCCUUGGGAAUCUUCGCCAUCAAUGAAGCGGUCGACAGUGGUGAUGUUGGCAGAACUCUGAGUGCCCUUCGUUCCCCGGAUGUUGGCUUAUACGGAGUCAUCCCCGAAUGUGGGGAAACAUACCUGAGUGACCUUGCUGAAGCCAAGAAAAAAAGACUAGCCGCAGGAGACAACAACAGCAAGUGGGUGAAACACUGGGUGAAAGGCGGGUACUACUACUACCACAAUCUGGAGACGCAAGGUGGAGGCUGGGACGAACCCGCGGACUUUGUGCAGAAUUCUGUGCAGCUUUCUCGGGAGGAGAUCCAGAGCUCCAUCUCUGGAGUGACCGCUGCAUAUAACCGAGAGCAGCUUUGGCUGGCCAACGAAGGCUUGAUCACCAAACUGCAAGCCUGCUGCCGUGGCUACCUAGUCCGACAGGAAUUCCGAUCCCGGAUGAACUUCCUGAAGAAACAGAUCCCCGCCAUCACCUGCAUUCAGUCACAGUGGAGAGGAUACAAGCAGAAGAAGGCAUAUCAAAAUCGGCUGGCUUACCUGCGCUCCCAUAAAGAUGAAGUUGUGAAGAUUCAGUCCCUUGCCAGGAUGCAUCAGGCUAGAAAGCGCUAUAGAGAUCGGCUACAGUAUUUCCGAGAUCACAUAAAUGACAUUAUCAAAAUCCAGGCUUUCAUUCGGGCAAACAAAGCUCGUGAUGACUACAAGACUCUCAUCAAUGCUGAGGAUCCGCCUAUGAUUGUGGUCCGAAAGUUUGUCCACCUCCUGGACCAAAGUGACCAGGACUUCCAGGAGGAACUUGAUCUUAUGAAGAUGCGAGAAGAGGUCAUCACCCUCAUCCGUUCCAACCAGCAGCUGGAGAAUGACCUCAAUCUCAUGGAUAUCAAAAUCGGACUGCUGGUGAAGAACAAGAUCACACUGCAGGACGUGGUUUCUCAUAGUAAAAAACUUACCAAGAAGAACAAAGAGCAGCUGUCGGACAUGAUGAUGCUGAACAAGCAGAAGGGAGGCCUCAAGGCCUUGAGCAAGGAGAAGCGGGAGAAGCUGGAAGCCUAUCAGCACCUGUUCUAUUUAUUGCAGACCAACCCGACCUAUCUGGCCAAGCUGAUCUUUCAGAUGCCUCAGAACAAGUCCACCAAGUUCAUGGACUCUGUAAUCUUCACACUGUACAACUACGCAUCCAACCAGCGAGAGGAGUACCUACUGCUGCGGCUCUUCAAGACAGCACUCCAGGAGGAGAUCAAGUCAAAGGUGGAUCAGAUUCAAGAAAUCGUGACAGGAAAUCCUACGGUUAUUAAAAUGGUUGUAAGCUUCAACCGUGGUGCCCGGGGCCAGAAUGCUCUCCGGCAGAUCUUAGCCCCUGUGGUGAAGGAGAUUAUGGAUGACAAAUCGCUCAACAUCAAAACCGAUCCUGUAGAUAUUUACAAGUCUUGGGUUAAUCAGAUGGAGUCUCAGACAGGAGAGGCAAGCAAACUGCCCUAUGAUGUGACCCCUGAGCAAGCUUUGUCUCAUGAAGAAGUGAAGACCAGGCUAGACAACUCCAUCAGGAACAUGAGGGCUGUGACAGACAAAUUCCUCUCGGCCAUCAUCAGCUCUGUGGACAAGAUCCCUUACGGGAUGCGCUUCAUUGCCAAAGUGCUGAAGGACUCGCUGCACGAGAAGUUCCCUGACGCUGGCGAGGAUGAACUGCUGAAGAUCAUUGGUAACCUGCUCUACUACCGAUACAUGAACCCUGCUAUCGUGGCUCCUGAUGCCUUUGACAUCAUUGACCUGUCGGCCGGGGGCCAGCUCACCACAGACCAGCGCAGGAAUCUGGGCUCCAUCGCAAAGAUGCUCCAGCACGCGGCUUCCAAUAAGAUGUUCCUGGGCGACAAUGCCCACUUAAGCAUCAUUAAUGAGUAUCUUUCUCAGUCCUACCAGAAAUUCAGGCGGUUUUUCCAAAGUGCUUGCGAUGUCCCAGAGCUGCAGGAUAAAUUUAACGUGGAUGAGUAUUCUGAUCUGGUCACCCUCACCAAGCCGGUCAUCUACAUUUCCAUUGGCGAAAUCAUCAACACCCACACCCUCCUGUUGGACCAUCAGGAUGCCAUUGCUCCAGAGCACAAUGACCCCAUCCACGAACUGCUGGACGACCUUGGCGAGGUGCCCACCAUUGAGUCCCUUAUAGGGGAAAGUUGCGGCAAUCUAAAUGACCCCAACAAAGAGGCACUGGCUAAGACAGAAGUGUCUCUCACGUUGACCAACAAGUUUGAUGUACCCGGUGACGAGAAUGCGGAGAUGGACGCUCGGACCAUCUUACUGAACACAAAACGUUUAAUUGUGGAUGUUAUCCGGUUCCAGCCAGGAGACACCCUGACUGAGAUCCUGGAGACACCAGCCACCAGUGAACAGGAAGCUGAGCAUCAGAGGGCCAUGCAGAGACGCGCUAUCCGGGACGCUAAAACCCCCGACAAGAUGAAGAAGUCGAAACCCAUGAAGGAGGACAACAACCUCAGCCUUCAGGAGAAGAAGGAGAAAAUUCAGACUGGCCUAAAGAAGCUAACGGAACUCGGGACCGUGGACCCAAAGAACAAAUACCAGGAACUCAUCAAUGACAUUGCCAAGGAUAUCCGGAAUCAGCGGAGGUACAGGCAGAGGAGGAAAGCCGAGCUGGUGAAGCUGCAGCAGACGUAUGCAGCUCUGAACUCUAAGGCUACCUUCUACGGAGAGCAGGUGGAUUACUACAAGAGCUACAUCAAAACCUGCUUGGAUAACUUGGCCAGCAAGGGCAAGGUCUCCAAAAAGCCUAGAGAAAUGAAAGGCAAGAAAAGCAAAAAGAUUUCCCUGAAAUACACAGCAGCAAGGCUACAUGAAAAGGGAGUUCUUCUGGAAAUUGAGGACCUCCAAGCAAAUCAGUUUAAAAAUGUUAUCUUUGAAAUCGGUCCAACAGAAGAAGUUGGAGACUUUGAAGUGAAAGCCAAGUUCAUGGGAGUUCAAAUGGAGACUUUCAUGUUGCAUUAUCAGGACUUGCUGCAGCUACAGUAUGAAGGGGUUGCAGUCAUGAAAUUAUUUGACAGAGCUAAAGUAAACGUCAACCUCCUGAUCUUCCUUCUCAACAAGAAGUUCUAUGGGAAGUAGCUGGUCCUUUGCUGCCAGCCCAAAGAAUUCAAAGACAAUGCCUUACCGCUGCCCUUCUAGGAUCCUCCAUUACUUCUUGGAAGCAAAGACCUGGUCCAGCGGUGCCUCCAUCUCACACUCCUGAGGCCCCACGUUUAAGUCCUCUCCCUCUGACAGGACGUUCAGUGUCCUCUUUUAAUAGUGAAGUUGUAUUUCAGGCUUCAAAUUACACCCCCCUUCCCGCUUCCCUCAUUUUCGUCCACCGUGUAGGAAAGAGUGGAGCCCCGCCCAGUCCUCUUCUGUUAGGGUCUCCUAGGUGGUGUGUGUUUUACUUAGCCAUAAGGAUGGUGGGAUUCAAGUUCUUAUUUAGCAGUGAAAGCUGGCAGGUGAAUAGUGUGUGCGCAUCAGAUUCACGGUGAAGGAAGACACACACGAGCGAUCAGUGGGUGAAGACUGUGACAUCUUCCAUUCCGCCGCCCUUGUGGGCGGAGCUAAUUCCAAGUCACCGUUCUCUGUUCAUAUGAAGCAGCUUCAGGAGAAAAAGAGCAGCUGCUUUUGAAUUCGCCAUUAAAUCUGGGCAGCGCUCUUAGCAUAGUCCUUCCUGGUGAAGGAGAACCCCACGAUCAUAGCCGGCUGUUUAGAGACACUGAGCCAGCCGAGGCACCCGCUCGGAGCAGUGCACUGAGCUCCAUUCAGGGACAGUGUCCGCUCCCUCCCUCCCACAAAGGGAUGGCUUACCCUAGCCUGAAAUGUAAUGUUUUUCAAAACUAUUUGUAUUCCAAGAGUGCCUUACUAAAGUAUAAAUUUAUUUCUUAAGAUGUGAGCAAUAGGAAUCUUAAAGAUUUGUAAAAUGCUUUAGAAUACCCCGAGAAAGGGGCGUUUCUUACUGGGUUAUCUGUAUAUCUGAAUUCCCGAAGCUUCUCUAUGGCUACACUAGGGUUUAUAUCUUAGCAACAGCAGCCAAUCCAUGUCGUGUUGGGAGUCCACACCCAUUUCCCACUCUCCUCUGCCGCCACGGUCGUGCUUUUCUUCUGAGGACCCUGGACCCUCAGGCGCUGACUAACAAAGACUGUUCAGUUUCAUGCGUUGAAUUUGGAAACCUCUGCUCUUAGAUUAGAAGUCAUAAACUUUUUUAAAAAAUCUGUUUAUCCAAAAAGAUAGAUAAAUCAUACUACUGAGCCUUCAAUUUCUUCGAUGUUUUGGUUCAGUAGUCUUGCAUAAAACAUAAAACUUAAACUAAUAUUACCGAGUUUACUGAUGUAUAUCCAAAGCCAGUAAGCCAUUUUAAUCAGUGACAGGAUAGCCAGGUGGUGGCACACACCCUGAACCCCAGCUCUUGGGAGGCAGAAGCAGGUGGAUCUCUGUGAAUUUGAGGUCAGCCUGAUCUGCAAGUUCCAGGACAGCCAAGAUGGUUACAAAGAGAAAGCCUGUCUCAGCCCCUGCCCCACCGUGGUUAAUUAGUGACAGGUAUGUAGCAUGUUCCUAUUGCAAGUAUAAGCCUUGGGAAAGUGUCACAUGGGCCUCCGUGAGUGGGUACAGAUAGUGGUGGGUGCUGGGGAAGGGAUCUGCCACCAGUGACCCUGUUUUUCAUUAGGUUUUGGAACAUAAUUUUCUCAGAAAAUACUGUCUUUAGGUUAAAGGAAAAUGCUCAGGCUGGUGUGGUUGUACAUACCUAUAGUCCCAGAGGCCGAGGCAGGAGGCUCACUAAGUCAAAGCCAGCCUGGGCUACAUAGCCAUACCCUAUUUCAGAGAGAGAGAAAAAAAUAGAAGAGACACUGUUAUAACCAGCACCGCCUCAAACAGGACCCACAGGUGCGUCCAGUGUUCUUUUUUCUUUUUCUUUCUCUCCCCCUUUUUUUUGAGACAGGAGACAGGGUCUCUAACUUUGGCUCUACUGGAAUUCUCUGCAAGCCAGGCUGCCCUAGAACUCACAGAUAUCCACCUGCCUCUGCCUCCCAAGUGCCGUGAUUAAAAGCAUGAGCCGCCAUGUCUGAUUCCAAGUAUGUUUUAUUAAAAAGAAUGCCCGUCACGAACGUGGUCGCAUCAGCCACCUCCAAGACAGUAACGAGUGCAGAUGGCAGUGCCUUCAGGUGUCCCCGUAACUGGAAGGCUGCUGCUUCCCUGAAUGCCCAGCUAGCACUGUGCCCCGUGCCCUCGGAGACCUUCCCAUGGCUGCUGCGGAGCCCUGCUGUAAGCAGCACAGGUCACCCGCGAGCCCCAGCUUGGCACACCGGAGUCGUGCGCGCGUGUGUUAUUUAUUAGCCGCCGUCUGUCUUGGCUCCCCCCGCCCCCUGACCUUCUCUCUGACCAGCCAUCAUGACAUUGGCUAUGAAUUUACUUCCUCCCAGGAAUUUGGACUGGCCGUCAGACUGUUGCUACAUACAGUUGCCUUUGUAUCUCUGUAUGGAAUAAAAGGUCAUUUGUCCUGUU